AAACCCAGUGAAACCCAGUGACACACAGAGCGGCAGAGCAGAGCAGAGCAGAGCAGCCCUCAUCCAGAGCGGUGCCAGACGCACGGUCCACGUUAUGUAUUUGCCCGAGUUUUACUAAGUUUAGUUUAGUUUUUACUAUUAAGACUAGCUCAUACUUCACAUUACAGUCGAGUUCGAAGUCUUAUUCAGGUUUGUGUGAGUUCUUGACCAACAUUUGGAAUAUCUCUCCGGAUUAAAGUGGACACUUCACGACGCGCAGAGUCAUCUUGAAAAAGUUCGCCCAGGAUCGUUUCUUCAGACGCAGCAGCUCGGAGCGCUUCAGCAGAACAACUUGUCAGUGCGACUCCGUCUGGGCUGUUUUUUACAUCGAGCCGUCCCAGAAAUGGUGGGGCACCUACAUUUACAAGCGAUGGAUGAUAGCCUGAAAGGAAAGAACCGGGAAGGGCUGCUCGACAGCCCGGAUUCGGGGUUGCCCCCCAGCCCCAGUCCGCCCUUCUGCUCGCUCUCUCCGGGUCUGAUCGAGUCUCGCUCCGGCAGCUGCACGACGCCCGUCGAAAGCCAUCAUGGAUAUUAUAAAAAGGAAAGCAGAGAAGGCAAACUGCUGCCCUACCUGCUGCUGAACUCCACAGGACCAGACCCAAGGACUCGCAUGUACCCCGUGUUCUACGGAGAGAGCAUCGAGGUCGACCUCAAACCAGAGCAGGAAAUCAAGUGCAACACUGAGGUCAAGUACGACUCCGACAAACACUACCGGGACCAGGUCCUCUGCGCUCCCGUUCCCACGGCAACCUCCUUCAGUGAGACAGUGGUGGCGGUGAGGAACUGCACCUGGAGGAGCUAUAAGACGCAGGUGUACCUGGAGCCCCGGCAGAGGCCCGUCAGCUACCAGAGCACCACCAUCAUCUACCCCAAACACGCCAAGAACACUUACCGCACCACGCUCAACUACAACGCCACAAGCUCCCGCCGCUGGUUCGUCUCCACGGUGCAGCUGGAGUCCAGCGAGGACACGAGUCCCUGCAUCAUCUACACAGAGGACCUGUAGAAAUGGAGCAUCAUCUGGUUUUCUUUAUUCUUUGGAAGAUGAGGAACUUGGAAAGGCCCAUGUUGAAAGGGAAAUACUUCAACCCGGAGCUCAUAAAAACCCUUCUCUGUUCUUCUUCACAGAGAAAACUCUGGGAACCCUUCAGUGACUUUUCACCUGAGUGUAUUUAGAUUUUCUACUGUUGCAGUCUUUAAAGAGAGUAUCGGCCCUCUGGCAGUUUAAAGCUGCUAAUUUAAUACAUGAGCUGAGAAAUUGGUGGCCUUUGCUCUCCUUCGGGUUGGAUUGUAACCUCAGUGGAGGUGACGAUUGCAUUGUAGAUGUGUGUGUAUAUAGAGAAAAGUCGAGGUGACAUGUGGAUUUUAGCUGAACCUGCGCAACCCCAGUCACACCAAUGCAAAGCUUUCUAAAUAUGGCUUUAUUGCACUUGUUUUCUAUAUAUCACAGUUCUCUCAGAGCACUUGGCAUUGCAGGGGAGAAUUUCAGUACAGCAUCUGAAAAAAUUGGACCAAAGAUAGUUUAAACAGUUUAUCUCCUUCUAGUGACUUCUAAGAGAGAGCACUUGCUUUUGUUUUACAGUUUUAAUUAGCUCAGUCAAACAGCAGCUUGGCUAAUCUGAUCAAGAGAGGCAGGACUGAAGUAGAAUCAGAGGAAUGAUCACAGCAUUGGGAUUAAGGAUUGUAAUGAGAGUAUCUGAAAAUGGAGACUGACACUUUUAGGGAGUAAAAAAAAAUCCAAAAUCGAUAUACUGUCUGAUAUUCUUUGUCUAGGCAGAAUGAUGGGUUAUUGUGUAUUAACUUUCCAGCAAUGUAUUUCCAAACUAGUUAGUAAUUUAACAUGAAGACAUUGCUUGGCUCCGCACCGCCUCAGCUGUAAUACAUACUCUGCUACAGGUGCUGCAGACAGUGGACACAAUAGAGUCAGAGCAACUGCUGGACAAACUAUGUUAUGACUCCAUAUUACAUAUUAGCAAAUAGUGGACAAUAUAUACAUCAAAUUCUGUGACAGGCCAGUAAUACGGACUUGUACAUCCGUCGGCCUCUAAUUUCAAGUCUUCGAAAACUCCCUCUGCAACCUUCUAUUCAACCGUGCUGGAUCACAGCAGUUGCUACCAUAAUGUGAAUAUUUUAGAUAAGAUAAUCUCCAAGUUAAUGUUGUGUUAGUAAUCAGGUUCUUUUUUGGUCUCUAAGAGGUUCUAUGGAGCUGUGGAGCAAAAAUCAAAGUUCAAAUCUGAGGAAAACUGAUUUUGUUUGUAUUUAUUAAGACUUUAACACUCAUAUUUUUACCCAUUUGUUGCCAAAUGGUGGACACAAGAAAGCGUCCAACGAACUAGACAAUCAGAGGAAAGAAUCUGACACUUACCCGUCACAACUCUUGGUACAGAACAAACUGUGCAGAUGCAGCAGCACUGUGUCGUCUAUUUCUCUGUCAGAGUCAAAAACAAACACAAAAACAAGAACCGUUUCCAAACUUGAGUUCGUCUCAUGGUGUAGUGCCACAAGCAGUCGAUGUAAACCCGCUCUGAAUUGGCACCAGCUGUUCAUAAAUCCAUCAUGAGUUUGUGCAUGAAGCGACUCGUCCUUAAUGCUGAACUUGUGAUUUCCUAAAUCGUGUUGCACCAUCUAAACGGAAGGAAUGCCAAACUAGUAAAGACUUCUUUAGUGUAAGUCAUUAAAAAACAGAUGUAAACAUGAAGCUACAGAAACGUCACAACUUGUAGCAUCGCACCUACAAAUUACAGUUUUAAAGGAAAAACAGCGUCAGACUUAACUUAAUUUGAGCAUCAUGUCUGAUGUUAUUCACAUGACUUCUGGUAAUUUAGUGACCUUCAAAUAGAAAACGUCUCAAUUGUCAGCUAAAAAUAGAUCACUGAUUCAGUUACUUCAGUAAGUGAUUUUCCUCGUUCAGUUAAACUCUUCUGUAAACGUGUAAACAGUGAAGCAGUGAAUCCACAUUAGAUUCCCCUGUUGAAGAUGUAAGAUUUUAUUUCGGAGCAUUUUCACGACUUCUUUAUAUGUCUGUCUUAUGCAUAUAUAAAUAUAUAUAUAUAGAGAGAUUACUGAACUUGGCAAAUAUUGAAACUUCAGACUUUACCUCAAAUUUUCUUAGUAUCAGUUUUAUUUCAUUUGCAAAUGUGUAUUCCGGACUUUUCAGUUGAGGUCUCUUGUUGUAUUUUAUAGUUGGAAAUACCCUCCAGGAAAGUGUGGAGCAGGAAAGAGGACAGGAAGUCGAGGCAUGAUGGGUUGAAUGAGAGAGGAAGAGAAAGGAGAAAUUUGAAGAGCAAGAUGAGAUGAUGUGCUCUUUCAAAAAUAUAUAAAUGAGAUAGGGAAACAGUUGUGGAGGUGUUUUUUUUAUACUAAAUGGUAGUCUGUGGGAAGAGUUUGGGUAUGUGUCGAUGGUCUGUGAAGUGUCAGAGAGUGAUGAGAGAAAGUUGGCGGGUGUCGCGUUUAAUACUUUGGUGGUUUCAUGUGAGAUACUUUUGUGUUUUCUAACACUUGAUUUUUGUUACUGUAAAAUAUUUUUCCUGUUGUAUAUGUGGCAUCGAGGCACUUCAUAAUUCUCUUUAUAUUUUUCUACAUCGAUCAUUGUUCCUGUUCUGAUCAAAGAAAAUAAUUUAAAAAGAUGUACAUCCUAAUUGAAUAAAAAAAAAGUAAUUCCCAAACCCUAAA